AUGGAGGCCGACAAUGCAUCAACCUUCAGCGCAAAGCCACCCCCACUCAGUUCGGAUCAGCUGAAUUAUCUCAUAUGGAGAUACCUUCAAGAGUCAGGCUACGCUGAUGCCGCUGUCAAGCUCCAGCGAGACUGGAGAGUCGAUGCAGAAAGCCUCCCCUUCGCAAAAUGCGUCAAGGGCCACGCACUCGUCUCUCUCGUUCAGAAGGGUCUUCGUUAUCACCAUCUGUCCCUAACAAUUGAUGAGAAUGGCCGGCCAUCGAAACAGCUCAACCCGUCAAUGUUCUUCUUCGGCCCCGAGAGCGAGAAGCCUCCACUAGAACUGCCUGAAGAAGCACUUCCUUCGACGCCUUCGCCGCACGAUUCACUCAUUGCACCUCAGAAGCAAACCCGCGAUCCCGCUGCAAAUGGACUUGUGUCUCUACCUGUGGCUACCCAGCUUGCGCCGAAGAGAGGCCGAAAGACGGCCGCCAGCUCCGAGCGCAAUGGAAGCGCUACCCGUAAGCCGUCGGCCUCUGCCAAUCGUGCUGCCAAUACCUCUGCGAUGGAUGUUGACAUGGUGAACGGUCACGUUUUGCCCAUUUCCGAUGCUAGAUCGCCCACUGCAACGGAUCUCGGGCCCGACGACGCAGGCCCAUUCAUGAAUGGGAUCAAGGCUGACGAGCGUAUGGAUGUCGAUGAGGACUCACUGGUCGCAGAUCAACAUAAUCACGAGCCGCAGAUCGAAGUCGUACCACCGCCGACUCACACUUUACUCAUCGGGGAAAGCAGGGGCGUCCAGGUCACACCUGCCAAAGUUGUAAACCUCGCGCAGUCGAGCACAAUUUUCAAUCUGCCCCCACCUACGGUUGGCGAUGUCCCAAGAUCUCUGACCCGGGUUACUUGGCAACCUAGCGCCGGCAAUGCCUUGACUGCGAUGGGCGAUGACUUCUGCGGAAUCUGGGACAUUACCCCGGGGUCUCCAACUGCUUCCACGUCUCGCUUUCAGGAACUUGUGGACUCAACUGGGCAAAAGCUGAUAAGUGCCGUCGCCUGGGAGCCACAUGGUGAUAUGAUAGCAAUCGCAACAUACACCAAUUUGUCCGGUCACAUCUUUGUAUUCGAUGGACAAGAACUCUGUAUGGUUGAGGAUUUGACCGCAUCACAAAGGGCAGUGACGAGCAUGAUCUGGCAGGCUCAAGGCUCCAGCCUGUUCGGCCUUGCACCCUACGAUUCCGAUGACAUCUCCACGACCAAAGCUGCUGGUUCGUCAAUCAUCCAGUGGCACCACAGGAACUUGCCUGCUGAAGUAGAAUUGUCGACGGUACGGGUUCCGGAAACUUUGAUGGACAUGGACGGUGCAUUUCUUGACGAAACUGGUAUUGUUUGUGCAGCAGGCCAGAACUCGGUCUAUUCCUUCCGAAUAUCCCCGGCUCUUGGUAUUGAGCAGAAGUGGACGUCCGACCCUACAGCAAACGACCAGUGGACCUUUGUCAGAUGCACUCUACGGUGGGGAACGAGCCCGUUUCUGGUGGCCGCAUCAGCUGAGACUGGGACGCUGUGGAUGCCAACACAGAAUUUGUUCAAAAGAGGCGCACAUGAGGCGCAUAUUACCGGCCUAGAACUUCGACCUCGGCCAGCGACUCCGUUGAAUGCUUCCUCGCGACAGGAAUUUGCUACGUCCUCAAUGGAUGGGACCAUCAAGGUCUGGCGCUACGACGACGACAGCAAUUCUAUCACUUCGGUCUGCAAGCUCAUUGUCGGCCAUGGCUCGCCGAUCAUGGCGUUGUCAUACUCGCCGGAUGGCUUCUGUCUGGCGGGAGCCAGCUAUGAUACUGUCCGUAUUUGGAAUAGUGAACAUGAUCACAAUCACAUGGCCUCAUGGAAGGAUGAACAGAAUCUGUGGAAUGGCUCGAAACUAAAAGAUGACGACAUGAUGAGCACGGGAGGCCGGUCCAGCGUGAACGGCGAUGCCUACCAAGUGACUGCUGACCAUACAUUGGCGUGGGAUGGUGACAGCAAGAAGCUUGCAUUCGGACUAGGUUCACAGGUCGCUAUCAUCAACUUUGAACGCUGA